CUUUUUAAGGAUGCAGUUGCUUUUGAUUGCAAGCGUCCUUUUCACAGCCUGCUGUGCUGCUCCUCAAGAUUUGUCAGGUAAAAUGUUUACGUUUCCUGUGGAGUCCAAUGUCGCUCGUGCCAGACUCCUGCCAUCAGGAAAUAACUUCACCUCUGUGACAGUCUGCCUCAGAUUCAAGAAGACCACAAGGUCGAAACGUCGUUCUGUGCUUAAGACAAACAAAGGUCAUUUUAAUGUGUACACACGAGGCCAAACCUCUCAAUUUAAUGGCCUACCAGACGAGCCAAACACCUGGUACUCCAUCUGCACCACCUGGGAUUCCAACUCUGGAUUGGCUCAGGUCUGGAUCAACGGGAAUCCAAGUACCAGGAAGAUUGGAUUCAAGGGGAAUCUGGAUGGAGAGCUAAACAUAGUGCUGGGACAAGAGCAGGACUCAGUGGAUGGAGGGUUUGAUGCCAAGCAGUCAUUUGUAGGGAUGAUCACUGAUGUCCAUAUGUGGGACUAUGUCCUUUCUGCUUGUGAGAUCCGGCAGUUUGCUAACGACCUGAACUUCACCCCUGGUGAUGUCAUCAACUGGAGAGCCCUUGAUUUCACCAUCGUUGGGGAUGUUGUCAUUGAGGACAGUCAGACUAAUGGCUGUUUUCAUUAGUGAUGAUAGAUAAAUGGCAUUAUUGCACAA